AUCAUGGCAGAGCUCAGUUUCAAUGUGGAUCAUGGCUAUCUGGAGGGUCUUGUUCGAGGGAUGAAGGCCGGAAUACUGACUCGCACCGACUAUAACAAUCUGGCUCAGUGUGACACACUUGAGGACAUGCAGCUGCAUCUGCAGUGCACAGACUAUGGUAAGAUGCUGUCCUCGUCUGAAGAGGACCUGACUGUGUCUCUGGUGGACAGCAAGUUGAGAGAAAACCUGGUGACUGAAUUCAGCUGCCUUCGCUCCAAUGCCCUGCCUCCACUCUCCACCUUCCUUGACUAUAUAACCUACAGCUACAUGAUCGACAAUGUGGUGAUGCUGAUCACCGGGGCCCUGAAACAGAGAGAUGUGGCAGAGCUCCUUCCGCGGUGUCACCCACUGGGAGCUUUUGACCAAAUGGCAGCAGUGGGCAUCGCUCGUACCCCGACUGAGCUCUACUCAGCCAUCCUGGUGGACACACCACUCGCUCAGUUUUUCCUGGAUGUUGUAUCUGAGUCCAACCUGGAUGAGAUGGAAGCUGAGAUCCUCAGAAACAAACUGUUUAAGGCAUAUUUAGAGUCAUUCCACUCUUUCUGCAAGAACAUUGGAGGAGCCACAAAAGAUAUAAUGUGUCCUGUCCUGGAGUUUGAGGCAGACAGGCGGGCCUUCAUCAUCACAGUGAACUCCUUCGGGACAGAUCUCAGCGGUGCAGACAGGAGUGCGUUGUAUCCAUCUUGUGGCAAACUUUACCCUGAAGGGCUGCGACUGCUGGGCAGAGCAGAGGACCACGGGCAGGUCAAAGAAGUGGCCGACUGUUACCCAGUGUAUAAAAUCAUUUUUGAAGACCCUGAGCCAGGAUCAGGAUUUAAGAGUCUGGAAGACAGAUUCUUUGAACAAGAGGUGAAGCUGAACACACUUGCUUUCAUGCAGCAGUUCCACUUUGGAGUAUUUUACUCCUACAUCAAACUGAAGGAGCAGGAGAGUCGCAACAUCGUCUGGAUCGCUGAGUGCGUCACACAGAGGCAGAAAUCCAAGAUACACAAUUACAUACCCAUCUUCCAGGGAACUGAGCAAUAA